AUGAGGUUCGUCGCGGGCUUCUCGCUACUCGUUGCCGCUGUCUCUGCCUUGCCCGCCUUACCUAGGGCACAGCAGCAGGUUUGCGACAACCCCGGACGCUUCGUCUCCGUCGUGAUCGACGCGUCCGGGUCGCAGGCGGACAAUGACCCGAACAAUGUCCGCCUGAAGGGAGCCCAGCAGAUCAUCGCCUCCCUGACUCCCGAGGGCUCGGCUACUGCAGCCAACAAGGCUGAUGAGAUCGCAGUGGUUAGCUUCACCACAUCUGCUGAUGUUCUUUACCCGCUCGGGAACCCCGGCAGCGAGGCUUCUGACGUGGCUGCCUCUGUCUCUGCCAAUGGCGGCACAGACGUGUACCUCGGUCUCAAGGCUGGCCUGGAUCAGAUUGCCAGGGUCGGCAGCAGCCAGUUGGACCGUGCCGGUGUCGUCAUGUUCACCGACGGGCUGGACGAUGGUGUCGUUGGAGCUACGGAGUGGGAGCGCAAGCGUCAGCGUCUGCAGGUUGUUGCCAAAGCCAAGGCUGCCGGUGUCCGCGUCUCCUGGGGCCACCUAUCGUUUCCCAAGACAUCGACCCAUGGUGGUGGCCUUCUCAGCGACAUAUGGAACAUCAUCUUCGGCGGCGGGGUGGGUAGGACUACGACCACGAUUGCGGGCCCCGAGCUGGACAAGGAGCUCGCCGCUGCUGUACUCGCCACUGGCGGCACGGUUUCGGUGAUCUCAUCUGCCGAUGCGCAGAUCUCCUUUGUCGAGCAGGUGCUGAAAAACGGUAUCACGAACAAUGAUGGCCGUUGCCACGGCCUCGAUAUCGAUCAGUCUGGCGGCCCUGUCAAGAACAAUGUCACUUCGCUCGGCCUCUGCUCGGACAACGCCAAUGCUGUCUUUACCUACACACCUUCACACUCGAAGGAGAAACUCGCUGUCACGAUCGAUCUCCUCUCCACCGCGAACCAUGUCAACCUACACGCCACUCUCGAGAAUAAGUCCACUGGCUCAAAGCUGAAGGUCACUGUGGACAGCGCCAGCCCCACUCAGAUCCUGACGGCAGAGGCUGCUCCCGGAGAGAAUGUCGAGAUCACCAUUCAGCCGUCUGGCGCGUCGGCCGACACAUGCCAGUACGGUGUUCGCCUUGAUGCUGUUCCCAUUGACACAAUCCCAACUAGCUGGCAGACGGUCUCGUCUUCUUCUUCCAACGCGCCUCUUCCCAGUUCUUCUCACGAUUCCUCUCCCACGUCGUCGAGCACUCCUCCCACAUCGCCAGAUGCCCACCCUUCUAGCUCUUCCAACAGUCCUCCUCCCACAUCGUCGAACAAUUCGUCGUCCACAUCUUCCAGCGCGUUCCCUACUUCCGACGGACCGCCUUCUACCUCUUCCAAGGCGCCCCCGCCCACUUCCUCUAACACACACUCUUCUUCGACCUCCCAGGCCCCCCCGCCAACCUCAUCCGCCCCUCCUAUAUCGAGCGUGCCGCCUCCCUCUUCGUCAACUGCGACAUCGUCUACUCAGCAGUCCAGUAACUCAUCCGCAUCUCCCACCUCUAUCAGCGCCGCCCCCACGUCUCAAGGGCCCAGGCUCCCGAAUGUCCCACCGCUGCCAUCCCAUCUGUAA